CAUGAGACGAGUAACAAAUUCUUUAUUAUAGACUACACAAUAUUUGAGUGGUGAGUGUGAAUCAAUAUUGUUAAUGAAUAAAUUGAUGUUAUUGGAGAAGAAUGACAUUAUUACUUUGUCGUGUUGAUUAUUAGAUGAGAUUAUUUGAAGCUGGAGAGUGGGUAGAGACAGACUUAAAAGGUUAUAGAACUAUACAAAAUUGAGAAAUGUGAUAGAGUAAGGGUUGUGUUUGACUGCAAGGAUGCCUAUAGAUCUCUUCAAAUGUCUCGUGUGUUUGCUCUUGCACCCUCCCUGUCUUCCUAUAUUCGUCAGUGUAUUAGAUCUGUUGGUUCACUUUUCUAAUAACAAUAAAAUCACCUGCUAUUUGGAGUUAAAUGGUUACAAUGGGAUAUAUGGAGUUACUUGCUAUAAAAUUCAGUUUGAGGUUGCAGGUCUUGUUACUUUUCUCUUCCUCUCUUCGAUAUUACCUUAUAUUAAGACUCUUCUUCUCAUAGUCAGCACGACCCAGUAACAUAGGUUCCAGCAAGGUAAAGGGUGCUUUGAAUAAAAAUCUGGGACUUGAAAGGUUACAUGGAGGAUUCAGAGCAGAGGAAGAAAAGGCUGAGAGAAAUGCGCAUGCAAGCUGAUCAUGCUGAUGUUUCUGGUGCUGUGGAAGGUUCUGCUAUGCCCGGUUCUCUCUCAAAUCCCUUGAUUGAAGCUCCUUUAAUUAUGCCAUCAUGGGAUAAAUCGAAUGCUGCUCCAAGGUUUGACUUUUAUACAGAUCCGAUGAGUGCCUUCUCUUCUAACAAAAGGAACAAUACCAGUAUCCAGGCUGCACCGGAUAGUUUCCCUCCAAAUGUUGGUCCCUCUCCUAUGGCACAAUAUUCAUCCCCACAUCCAGAAUCAACAAAUCCACGGAUGACUCUGCCUCCUUUUCAAGUAUCAGCACCAGCAUAUGGAAACCUGGAUUUUAGUGGACCUAGAGGCCCUGCUCACGAUAACUUCCUAUUCCAUCCAUCAAGUGUUGGUAGACAUCCAUAUCCUAGAUUCGAACCAUCAGGUGGUCCAUUAUAUAACUCUACACAGGGCAUAACUCACCGGGCCAGUUACAGUCCUAAUCCUUCUCCAGGAUACAGGAAUAGUCCUGGGCCCAGUUACAGUCCCAAUCCUUCUCCAGGAUACAGCAACAGUCAUAGGCCCAGUUACAGUCCCAAUCCUUCUCCAGGGUACAGCAACAGUCCUAGGCCCAGUUACAGUUCCAAUCCUUCUCCAGGAUACAGCAACAGUCAUAGGCCCAGUUACAGUCCCAAUCCUUCUCCAGGAUACAGCAACAGUCCUAGGCCCAGUUACAGUCCCAAUCCUUCUCCGGGAUACAGGAGCAAUCCUAGGCCUGGUCAAGGGCGAGGCAGGGGUGUAUGGCACAACCCUGGUAGCUCUGUUUCAGGACGGGGUAGUGGACGAGGACCUAAUUUUCAUGGUCAUUUGUCCAACGAAAACCCAGGUCCUGGUCCCAAUCGAUUUUACAAGAGCUCCAUGGUUGAAGAUCCAUGGAACCAUUUAGAGCCUAAGAUAUGGGAAGCAAUUGAUGGUUCUUUACAUUCUUCACGAAUACCUGAGAAAGUAAAACCCUGGAUUUCAAAAUCAAAGAGUACAAUAGGAGAGGGAUCAUCUGCUGCAUCUGUCAAGUUCCGUUCUGAACCAAGCCUUGCUGAGUACUUGGCCACUGCAUUCAAUGAAGCUGCCAACGAUGCAGAAAAUGUAUGAUGACAGCUGCUCAUUACAUGAAGGGCCCAUCAUGACGUUACAGAGAGGAAUGAAUUUCCAGCCAGUGAAAAAAGCAAAUAAAUUUCAAGUCACUUCAUAGAUUAAUGCCAAGGAGGUACUAUUUGUACUAAAACACAAGAAAAUUUUUGGGAUGUGUUCUGUACUUCGCACGGUUUGAUAUGUUGGCGUCCAAUUAAUUGUGUACUAUCUAAAGUUGUACCGGUCCAGAUAAAAA